CAAACUGAACGGCGGGUAGUUGAAGUCUCGUCGGAAAAAAAAAAUAAAACAAAGAUUCAUUGUUAAGAAUUUAUUGAGAAGUGCGAGAAAAUGACAAGCACUUUGAAAGGUAUCACCCUUAAAGGAAGUGCGGAGAUUGUAGCCGAGUUCUUCUCAUUUGGCAUCAACAGUAUCCUGUACCAGCGGGGCAUCUACCCUCCAGAGACGUUCUCCAGGGUCACUCACUAUGACAUGAGUCUUCAAGUCACCACUGAUGUCAAGCUGAAGAACUACCUGACCAACGUGGUAUCUCAGCUCAAAGAGUGGCUGUGUGAGUGCACGGUGCAGAAGCUGGUGUUGGUGAUAACGUGUCUGGAAACCAACGAGGUGCUGGAGAGGUGGCAGUUUGACAUUGAGUGUGACAAGUCGGCAAAGGAGAGCAGUGCUCCCAGAGAGAAGUCCCUUAAAACCAUCCAGGAAGAGAUCCGCUCUGUCAUCAGACAGAUAACAGCCUCUGUUACUUUCCUGCCUCUGCUGGAGACGCCAUGUGCCUUUGACCUCCUGGUGUACACCGACAAAGACCUGGUGGUUCCAGACAAGUGGGAGGAGUCUGGCCCACAGAUCAUCAACCAGUCAGAGGAGGUGCGUCUGCGCUCCUUCACCACCUCCAUCCACAAGGUCAACAGCAUGGUGGCGUACAAGAGGGCCGACUCGGUCUGACCCGCUCCACCCCAUGGCCUUUAAGGGCUGUACAUAGCACCCACCACUGCCCCCUAGGGGACCCGACAGGUUCUACACUGCCCUGUCCUACCUCACCGUGCCCCCUUUUCCACUCAGGAGGAUGUAAAUCCAACCUGCUCCGUCUCCGCUGAUGUAAAUACUUCUCACCAGCAGUGAUUUGUCUGUUCGGUCCAGUGGUGUCUUCUUCAUUGUUGUUGUUCUUGUCUUUCUGGUUGUCAACCUGUUUUAGAAACUACUAGUUUGUAUGUUAAAACUUUUAUAAAACAUUAAUAAAUGUCUUCUAUUGCAAAA